AUGGCUCUGUCGGCAACGCCUGGCAAGGCCAGCGUAGUACUUGGGGCGCAGUGGGGCGAUGUGCGCAAGGGAAAACUCGUAGACAUCCUCGCGGCCAACGCAGACAUCUGCGCGCGCUGCGCCGGAGGCAACAAUGCCGGACACACGAUCGUCGCCAACAUCGACGGCAAGAAGACCAAGUUCGACUUUCACUUGCUGCCGAGUGGUCUCGUCAACCCGGAGUGUACUGCUUUUAUCGGCAACGGUGUCGUCGUGCAUGUCCCUUCGUUCUUCCAGGAGCUUGACACCUUGAUCUCGAAGGGCUUGAACUGCGACGGCCGCCUCUUCGUGUCGGACCGGGCGCACCUCGUCUUCGACUUCCACCAGAUCGUCGACGGCCUCAAGGAAGUCGAGCUCGGCGGCUCGAGUAUCGGCACGACCAAGAAGGGUAUUGGUCCCGCCUACUCGUCCAAGGCGAGCCGUUCGGGCCUGCGCGUCCACCACCUCUUUGACGAGGAGGCGUUCGCUGCCAAGUUCCGCAAGCUCGUCGAGGGCCGCUUCAAGCGCUACGGACACUUCGAGUACGACACGGAGGGCGAGAUCCUUCGCUACAAGGAACUUGCCAAGCGUCUCGAGCCUUUCGUCGUUGACGGCCCGUCCUUCAUCCACAACGCGCUCGCCAACAACAAGCGAAUCCUCGUCGAGGGUGCCAACGCGCUCAUGCUCGACCUUGACUUCGGAACGUACCCGUACGUCACGUCGAGCGCGACUGGCAUCGGCGGCGUCUGCACGGGCUUGGGUCUCCCUCCCCGCGCGAUUGGCGAGACGAUCGGUGUCAUCAAGGCGUACACGACCCGCGUCGGCGCCGGUCCCUUCCCGACCGAGCAGCUCAACAAAAUCGGCGAGCACUUCCAGGAGGUUGGUGCCGAGUUUGGCACGACGACCGGCCGCCGCCGGCGAUGCGGCUGGCUCGACCUCGUCGUGAUGAAGUACUCGAACCUGAUCAACGGCUACACCUCGCUGAACCUGACCAAGCUCGACGUUCUCGACGACCUCGAGACGAUCCAAGUCGGCGUCGCGUACCACCUCGACGGCAAGCCCCUCGACGCUUUCUUUCCCGCCGACCUCGACACCCUCGCGCGCGUCGAGGUCCAGUACGUCGAGUUGCCCGGGUGGAAGCAGUCGAUCCAGGAGGUCAAGCGCUGGGAGGACCUGCCCAAGGCGUGCCAGGAGUACGUCGAGUACAUCGAGAAGUUCCUCGGCGUCCCGAUCGAGUACAUCGGCACCGGUCCUGCUCGCGAGAGCAUGAUCGUCCGCAAGAAGAACUAG